AUGCAUUUCCCCACCCUUGCCGCCUUUAUCUGCCUGGUUAUCAGUGCCAGUGCCUUUGAUUACCCCGAGUUUGUCCCUCUUCACCGUCGCCAGGAACCCGGCACCCCCGCAUAUGAAUGCCAUGCCAACUGCGGUGGCGUGAUCACGUCCUCCCGGUCUGACGACUUCUGUGACUCGAGCACCUUCAAGUCUCAGCUCUCUGACUGCUUGAAAUGUGCCAAUAAGUUUGACAUCUGGAAGUACUACGGCAACUCAGUGUCUAAGGCCGCUGAGUCCUGUGGUCUAGAUUCCACUCCCGAGGACACGAGUGAUGAUGAUGAGGGUGACAGCUCUUCGACCACUGUGGGACCUGCUUCUACCACUAGCGCUGAGCCCAGUGCUACUGCCACCGAAGCUCCCACCGAGGCUUCCACCGAGGCAGCAACUACCUCUGUCGAACCUGAGGAGUUCACCACCGCUCCAGGAACCACCGCACCAGGCACCACCGCUCCGUCUGCUACCCAGAGCUUCACCACCACUGCCUCAGCGCCAGGAUCCUCUCAUCCGGUAAUCCCAACUGGGUCUAAGUCAACUCCCGUCUCUGGAUCGGGUACCCCUACCGGACAGGCUACUGCCAGCGCCUCUUCCUCGGAUAUUCCUCUCUCGAACUCCGCAUCCAGUGCUCAGGGUAACGUGUGGAUCGGUGUCGUUGCUGGAUCGCUCGUUGUGGCUGCGAUGGGCAUUUAA